AGAGCGAGCGAGAGAGCGAGCGCUCAGCUGUAUCCAAAGAACAGCGUUUCACUUUCUGAAGCGCAUGGAUUUUAACUGGAAAGCCCACAGAGAGGGAACGUCGUGCGCUCUAUUGAACAGACCCAAUAUGUGAUAUUCUAACAGAUCGACCCAGUUGAUAAGGACUGCGAAUUUGUUUUGGGAUUGUAUUACUUAAAUAGCCUAUUCGGCUACUUUUACAAACGGCCAUUCCACUGCUAGGAUACCUUGAUAGUAUAUCUGAUUGAAAUGGUGCGAUGUUCCAAACAAUAAUCCAACGCGUUGACUUUUGGUUGAUUUAUCUGACAGUUGUACUAUGUGGAGCUUCAGGUGCAGGAGUGCACAGUUGCCAUGAGGUUAAAACGGCUUUCCAAUUGCGCCAGAUCGGUCCGUUGAAAUGGGUCCCCGAGGCACCUGGAACAGAUGGCGAGCUGCAGAUCUGCAAGCACUCAGGCCCGUCGUGUUGCACACGCAAGAUGGAGGAGAGUUACCAGGCAGCAGUGCGCAGAGAGACUCUCCAGAAUAUCCGUUCCUACAGCUUUGAGCUCAAGUACCUCAUCGUGGGCCACGCCUCUGCCUUCCAGGAUGCGUUCCAGUCUCUGCUAUCCUUCACUCUGAACCUGACCACUGGUAUGUUUGACAGUGCCUAUGAGCCCCUCUCCCAGGACGCUCGCCCCCUGGUGGCAGACCUCUUCUCCGACCUCUCUCUCUUCCUGGGAGGAGACGGCAACACCUCCAUGGAGCGCUCUGUGCACCGCUUCUACGACAACCUCUUCCCGCUGGUUUACCGGCGUCUGGUCAACCCUGGGCUGGCCUCGGCCCCACCCUCCUCUGAGCACAGCGAGUGUCUGCGCAUGACACGCCAGGAUGUCAACCCAUUUGGGUCUCACCCCCGUGUCCUGGCCAAGGGGCUGACCCGGGCUCUGAGCGCAGGACGGGCACUGAGCCAGGCGCUGGUGAUAGGGGCAGAGGUGCUGAACGCUACAGAGUGGGCGGGGCUGGCCAGGGAGUGUGGACGGGCUCUGGUGAGGAUGCAGUACUGCCCCCACUGCAGGGGCCUGACCCUGAUCCGGCCGUGUGGAGGACUGUGUCUGAACGUGAUGCGGGGCUGCUUGGUAGGGCUCUCUGAGCUGGACGGGCCCUGGAGGCGCUACGUGGCCCUGCUGCAGGAACUGACAGGGGCCCUGGCUGGAGGCCACGACCUGGAGCUGGCUCUGCAGGGCAUCAGGAACCACGUCAAUGACGCUAUCCUGCACGCACAGCUGCACGGGCCACGCAUCAGCGCUAUCGUUGAUAAAGUAUGUGGGCCUCUCACAGACACUCCGUCAGUGACAAGCAUACGUUCCACCCUGAAGGUCAUGACCUCUGUGAGUACCUCCCCGACCUCGAUGGUGAUGACGUCCUCCCCAGCUGAGGUCACACUGGGCCACUUGUCGCAUACCAGGAGGUCCUUUCCUCUGAAACCAUCCAAGAAUAAUAAGCCUAGAAGUCUGAAAAAGAUCUCUAGAGAGUUUAUGGGCUAUAUCCAACGCUACAGGUCCUUCUUCUCUGCCUUGCCAGAGAUGCUUUGUGAGAGUGAGAUGGUGGUGGAUGAUUUCACCUGCUGGAGCGGGGAGGAUGUGGUGGAGAGUUAUGUGGGCCGUGUUGUGGGUAACGGCCUUCAGGCCCAGAAAAACAACCUAGAGAUCAAGGUCCGCAGCAUCGACCCCAUCCUGGUGGGAGCUAGAGACAGACUAGAACAUUUCAAACGGGUCAACAACCUGAGGAACAGUGGACACGUCAGCAGAUACAGAGGAGACACAAGGAGCAUUGAAGCCAGAUUCUUGUUAUGUAAAUGUCCUUUAACCUAAAUGUUCCUUGAGCUAGAAGCCAAAACAAAUUUUCCCCUCAGCCUCUCUAGAGAGGCUUUAUGCAGACUGCAGAGUCAGAGGCGCUCAGGGAAUAGUCCCUCCUUGCCUGGCUGGUCUGCCAGGAGCUCUGUUCUAACCUUUGUGGGGCUGAACAGUUACCAGUAGGGCUGUGACGAUACCAGUAUCGCAAAAAACAUUUAAUGGAAAAAAUUUAAACACGAGGUUGACCAAACUUUUUAGUCCUUUAAAUACCUGUAUGUAAAAUAUUGUGUGCUAUAGUUUGGAAAAUAAAUGUGACUCUGGAUGACAACAUAAUGAUGCUUGUUUCCAACAUUAGGGCUGUUUUCCUUAAGAAGUUAUAUCCGCUUCGUGCUUUGUUUCCUUGCCACGAUACUAACGAGUAUCGAGAUACUGGUAUCGUCCCGGAUCUAGCUACCAGACCCGUUGAGUCCUGUUGUGCUGUGUUUGUGUCUCUCCCCCAAACUCCACCCACUGUCUCUCUCUGUCACUCUCUCUCGCUCUCUCUGGUACUAUAUUUUUCUGUAUACUUUAUUUUCAUUGAACAUUCGUUUUCCUUUCUCUCGUUAACCGUUGUCUGGUCUAUCACUCAGAGUUAUGGUAUUGUCUCGCUUUGUUAGAAGUGUCCUAACAGGGCUCUAUGUGCCCAAAAUCUUUAUCUAAAGUUGGUCACACAGUGUUAUACAGAUAAAGGUUUUAAUCUUUAGCCAACAUUAUUCACAAUUACUAUAUUCUGCUUGAGUCAAUUCUUAAUAAAUUAGGUUAUCUGGAGCCAGUUUGAAGCAGAGUAUACCCUGUGAAGCCAUCAGAUCACCUCCCAUGCUUGGUGUGAGAGCAAGGAUUCCCCUGUUAUCACCCCAGACUAAUUCGAUAAGCAAUGACCAUGUCGGCUGUUAGCGGGGAGUUCUAAAAAGAGGGAUACUUGGUGUCCAGCCCAUUGUUCCAGCUGUUUCUGGGAGGGGAUCGGGGAGAGAGAGAGGAGAGGCACACAGCUCAUCUGGCCCUCUGGGAGCCAUUUAACUUCUGUCUCUUAUUACUUCAUUAAAAGCAGACGUGACUGGGUUUGUUUCUGUGGGCCGGCCCAGCCUGGCCCAAACAGAGCAGGCAGUCUCUUCAAAGCAGCCAGAGGCUGGGAACAUCUAUCAGAGAGGUGGGAAGGGGAGUGGAAACCUAAGGAGUCAAUUUAAGCACUUUGAGGUGGCUAAGAGCUCAAUGUGAGAGAGAAAAGUGAUUUACAGGAUUACAUGUGUUUUAUGGCCACUGUACCUGAGGGGAGAGAGAACGUUCACAAUGUUCACAGCCAGUGCCAGUGUGCUUGUUUUUCUAACCCUGACUGGGACCCUGCUCGCCUCUAUAACUAACAAAUCACACGCAAGAGAUUAGAUUAAGAUUGUUAGAUUUUCCCCAUGUGUACUAAGGUUAAUUUGAAAGGGAGGAAUCUUCAACCCCAAAGAAGGAUCUUAUUUGAUUUCCUGAAGAAGGCAUUAACCUUCCUUUUUGGAGUUUAUUUCAAAUGCCCUCUACU